AUGCUGCUGGUGCAGGCCGUGAGCCAACACCGGCAGAAGCGCUCCAGUGACGUCAUCACCAGCCUCAACAACCUGCUGAGCGCGUACCGCGCGCAGCCGGAAGCAGGCGGCGUGGGGGCGGUGCAGUGGGGGGAGCACGAGGAGCUCAAGGAGCUGUUCGCCACCUACUGCGGCAGGGUGGAGGACGGCGCCAAGAGGGAGGAGCUGGCCGGCCUGUUCGGCCUGGCCCCCUCUGAGCGCGACGAGGUCGCCGCCGCCGUCGCCGCCGCCACCGCCAGCGGGGAGAAGGCGAAGCAGCAGGCCGAGGAGGAGAAGGACGAGGUCGACCUGUUCUUCUGA